CCACCCAACGCUGUCAGCACGUUUGCGGCCGUAGCCAAAGUCCUGGGCUUCCAUUUCUAUGUGCUCGACAUCAAGGAUAAUUCCUCGUCAACAAAUUGUUCCGUAGGCGUCAUGGUGGUCAAUACGGAUUUUACCAUCAAUUAUAGCGUUCCGGUGCACUACGUUGCAAUGCCAGAAAAUAUUUUGAUUUCCAUGAGUCAUAUGGGGGGAACGCCCCCAUUACCAACAGAUCUGUUUAUUACUUUCGCCUGCUCUGAUGGAACACUGGGUACAUCUGAUUUUAUUGGCGUGGCCAACUGGGAUGAUGGUCAUACGCACGAUAUAAGAUUCGCCUGUAAGACUGCCGGUCGCCACAACUGCUCCCUCACCUCUCAAUACAACAUUGGACAAUACAACGUGACAGUAAGUUUAAGUAUUCUUUAA